UCAGAACGCGUGGAUAAACAUAAGACUACUUUUACAUUUACAAAUUAUGGUGGUCACGAUACUGGUUCAUUCGACGGUUCUGAACGUAGACUUAUAAAACAGGCGAUGCGAGAAUGGGAAAGAUCAACUUGUGUUAGAUUCAUGGACAGACAAAAUUUUAGGAUUCAUCCAGACUAUUGUCGGAAGAAGACAAAUUGGGAGAAACUAUCUAUUAAAAACGGCCUGACCAAAAGAAUUAUUCUGCACGAAUUGGGACACAUUAUCGGUUUAUAUCAUGAACACCAACGUCCAGAUCGCGAUGAGUAUGUAAAGAUCAACACGGAAAAUAUCAAGACUGGCAAAGACACUAAAGAUACUUUCAAGAAAAUGAUUUCUGAAAAUUUUAUUACUCUCAGUGAAAAAUAUGAUUUUAAUUCAAUAAAGCAUUAUUCGAUGAAUAAGUUUGCACAUGACCGAUCUAAGAACACCAUAACUCCUUUGAAAACCGAAGAUAUUGAAAUCACCAAAAUUGGAAGAUACGAACAAUUGAGUGAUAUCGACAUUAGUGGUGUAAAUCGGCUCUACAAUUGUUCUGAAUGUACAAAGUUGAUUGAGGCUGAUAGUGGAGUAUUCGAUGUAGUCAAGGAUCUAAAUUCUUCUACAAGUAUAACAAAACACUGUGAAUGGAGAAUUUUGGGGGCGCCUGGUGAACAAAGUGUUCCUGAUACUGUAGGCUGUCGGACUGAUUAUUUGCGAGUCAAAGAUGACUUUAGAACACCUGGGUGGAAUAUACUAGUGGAUGUAUGUAGAGAAGGUGGUUGGGAAGAGGCAGGUUCUGAAGCUAGCCAAUUGCUCAUUACGUACCACACAAACACUUUGAACAGUAAAUACUUUGGUUUCACUGGAAACUUUAGAAAAGUUUGCGGAGGUGACAUAGAUAUUGUAGAUGAGGAAAAGGAAUAUUAUUUAGAAUCUCCAGACUUUCCAUAUGAGUAUACAGCUAACAAAUAUUGCGUUUGGCAUCUAGACGCACCUCCUAACAGAAAAAUUAUUUUAAAAUUUAAUUAUUUUCAACUUGAGGCAUCUGAAAACUGUAAGAAUGAUUACGUUGAAACUCGAAAUGAUGAUGCUUAUUAUUCACCGCUCAUUAAGAAAUAUUACAAUAAUACCAGCCCAGAAGAGAUUAGGUCUAGAGGAAAUACUUUAUAUGUCAAAUUCACUGCUUUAAGCAUAAGUCGUUCAAAAAGAUCUCUUGGCGUUAAAGAAUGGUACUAUUUGUGGCCUGAGGGUCGUAUUCCUUAUAUCAUAGAUACUGGUUCAUUCGACGGUUCUGAACGUAGACUUAUAAAACAGGCGAUGCGAGAAUGGGAAAGAUCAACUUGUGUUAGAUUCAUGGACAGACAAAAUUUUAGGAUUCAUCCAGACUAUGUGUUACACCAAUGGCGUUGGCAGACGUCAUUCUGGUAG